CAAUGAUACACUACAAAUGCUAGUCUUGACCUUAAAAUGUCUUGACUGUGUUUAACACUUUGGUGAUAAGAGUAACGACAAAUAUGCAUACUGGACAUAUUCUAUUGAUUCUAUCAACACACUGGAUUUUUUCAAAUGGUAUGACAGCAUGCCCAGCUUGUACUAGACAUUCCUGCCACGUUCGGUCUUGUGCAGCUUGUUUGUAUCAUCUAAACCCAGGCCAUUUGCCUACUCUAACUUGCGAGAGAAACUGUCAUUCCCACAGCAGUUCGGCUACCAAAUGCUGCGCCAAUGACGAGGGGUGCCUAGCUGAAGCAUUUGGAAAUUACUAUUCAAAAACAUUUGUUAAUUGUCCAGUUUGCCAUGGAGGUGUUUGUCAUAAUGUUAAAUGCAUCAAUUGUAAAGUAAACACGGAGGACUGUCUGAUGCAGGGGACUUGCUACAUAGAGGGUCAUCAGUGCCACGCUGGAAGGAAUGAAAUAUGCUGCAGAGACCAGCGAUGUAUCGAACAUGAAUUUUCGAAAUGUCAUACAACAACUACAUCGAGGACUUCGGAAACUACCAAUCAUACUAGAACUGAAACCACCUCAACGACUUCAACGACUUCAACGACACCAGUGUCUACACAAACGGCAACACAUCUCACGACUAAAUCACCACCCACAAUAACUACUACACGUGCCGCUCCUAAAACAACAAUUAAACCAUCAACAAACACUCAUUCAACGACAACAACUACUGAUUCAACGACUACAGUGGAAACGUCGACAACUACUAAGGAUAACUUCACAACCACAUUAAAGGAAGUCGUGUCGACGUCACAGAAUACACCGCUUUCAGCUUUGACCAAGUCAACCGUUUCUUCGACUACCUCUCAAAGUGUAAGUCAGAAAAUCUGUAAAGUUUGCGGUGACUACGAGAAUGGAAUACCAUGUGACAUUCGAGAUGUGUACUUGGGACCCUCGGUACAAUGUCCGCCUGGAACAGAAUUCUGCAUGACGGACAUAGUCCACGACAUUGCAGGAAAUGAUAAAAUUUUCAAAAGAUGUGUAGAUGAGACAAUAUGUAGAAAUGAAUGGUUGUCGCAGACCUCGGAUCAGGACAGGUGUACUCAGUUCGGCAAUGUCCCAGCUAGCGGUGCUUACUCUUGUCAUUUCUGUUGUACAACGAAUGAUUGCAAUCACGGACUGCUGCCCGACGUAUCAACAUUCUAUACUAGAUAGUGAUGGAAUAAAAUGCUAUAGAAAUAC